AUGCCAGCAAAACGCAAAGGCAAGAUUGCAACGCCUCCGGUAAGCAUAUUAGAGACUGACGGGUUUGAGAGUGCAAUUUUUCGCCGCUUAGUUGCCGCUCCAGAUUACUCGCUAGGGAGUGGCGGUGGGGAGAUCCUCGCGACUUGGAGUUUGCAGUCUGUUCCUGUUAUUGCAGCGCGCAACGUUAACGAAAAUAGUCUCCCUCGCUUGGAAUAUAAUACACCUGCUGCAUGGGUGAAACUCCCCUACCCCGCUAUUGAUAUCGCGUGGUGCCCUUUUAAGGAGGGCGAUGAGUCUGCGUCAUUUCUCACUGCCACAAACAGUUUACCGCUGCAACUGUGGGACGUCGAGGACGGUGCGCUCCGUGCGUCGUAUUGUUGUUCAAACACCAUGGGAAUGCCGGUACAUCCGCAUUCUAUCCUAUGGUCCACUCACCGGGAACUGAUAGCGGCUGGUUAUGGUGAACCUCAUGAUGAUGUACACAUCAGACUUUAUGAUGUGCUUCGUGAGGGCAACUGUGUGGAGUCUAGUUACCGAUCACCCUGUUCGAAGGGCAUUGUCUCUGCACUUGCUGAUGGCCCCACUCCCUACUCCGAAAGUUUGAUUCUGGCCGGGUUUAUUCGUAACGGAAACGUCGAUAUUAUCGACACCCGCCACUGCGGAGCUGCAGCCGUACUUCGCGGUCUAAGGUCGGGUGUAGUGCAGAUACUUCCCCAUCCAACAGUUGGUCAUCUCGUCUACGCCGCGGGCCGAUUGGGGGAAAAUCGUAUCGUCUGCUGGGAUAUUCGCAAGAGCAACGACAUGUUGUUAACGUUUGAGCGAACCGUGCGCACGCAGCAGCCUGCCAUGUUUGGCUUCGUGCGCCGUAAGGACGGGGGGUCUCAGCGUGUUGAUUUAGUUUCGGCAACGCAUAGCGGAGGCGUUUUGGUGUUUGAUGCAUGUACGAAUGGGAAACCGCGGGGGGUUCAAUCACAAUUAGGUCCAACGGCUGGGUUGACAGUUCUGAGCCAUGAAAGCCCGACGGUGGCAGUUACGGUUGGUGAGGCCCGCUAUAUCGUGAGGGAUAGAUACGAGGAAAAUGCCGCAUCGCCGUCGCACAUAAAUGGUUACGGUUUGAAGAGGAGUCGGUCACAGUUACGUAAAGGUGAUUUGGAUACUGAGAAUGAUAGUGGGGAUGAAGGAGCUGGUGUUUCCACCUCCACCCUUGGUGCUGCUAUUUUCAAUGUCUGA